CUCAAUUAUUCUCCUAUUUAUGUUCUCGUCUUCCAGUCUCUACUAGCAGGCGAGAUCUAGAGAUUAUGGGGAUUUUGGCAAGCAAAGGAAUCGAAUAUGAGGACAGUUACCGUUCCUUUUCCGAGAAAGAACGCCAACACCUCUUGUCACUUUUCAAUCAGCUCGCUACUGCUAAUGAUCUUGGUGUUAUGAAGGUAGAAUUUGAACCGCUUAAGAAUCACUUGGCAUGGCUUUUACCUGAGUGCGUUAUCAGUCGUUUCUUCAAAGAGAUGUGUAAUAUUCAACGAGCUCGCCGAGUAGUGAAAAAUCCACUUGAAGAUGGUCAAGUGGGCAGGGUGGCUUUUUUUGUGUCAAUGUCUCAUGUCUUUAAGAGGAGCAAAGCAGAGAAAGGACAGAUAUUUUACCACUUAACUGCUGAUGUUGACCAAGUAGUGACAAGUGUUGAGGUGGAAGAACUCUGUAAAAUAUUAUUAGAUGCCUAUGUUAUGGCAUUAAAAAAAACUACUGAUGGUGCAAAAUGGGAACUGCAUACUAAUGCUGAGGCAAACCACAGAUUUGCCAAAAAUGCUAUUCAAGAACUUUUAGAGAAGAAAGCAGACCCUAGUUGUGUUUCUCCAGAGGAGGUUAUUUCAUGGUUUAGUAAAUUUCCGCUGAUAGAAAAAUUGUUUCUGGCUGUUAUGAGGGCUGGAUUCUUUGAUGUAGAGAGUCUGUUAGAAGCCAAGCCUCAUGGUUUAGAGGAAGGAUGUGAAGAGACAGUUGCACAUGUACAGUAUGACAGGUCACACAUAAUAAUGCCAUGCAAGUUUGAAGUGGAUUUCAAUAAAGUUGAUUCACUUUUGGACAUUCCAUCUAUCAUUCUUCUUAAUCAUCACUUGCCUCAAUCAUCUCAACAUCAAUGGCGUCUACUAUUCUCCACUCAAACUCAUGGCGAGAGCUUCAGUGCUUUUAUUCAUCAAAUCACCAAUCAAGGCCCGAUGAUUAUUGUUGCCAGAGACACUGGUGGACAUAUUUUUGGAGGGUUUGCCUCAGUUAGUUGGUCUAUAAAGUCUCAUUUUGUAGGUGACAGCUACUGCUUUCUGUUCAGCCUGAAGCCUAAAAUGGGUGUGUAUCAUCCUACUGGUUACAAUGAGAACUUCAUGUAUCUGAACAUGGGCAUGCAAACAAUGCCUAAUGGAUUGGGUAUGGGAGGUCAGUUAAACUACUUUGGAUUUUGGUUAAAUGAGGACUUUGGCUCAGGACAUAGCCGUGGGCAGCCUUCCUGCACAACAUAUGGCAGCCCAGUCCUCUCUGCAGAAGAGGAGUUUAAGCUUGAUAGACUUGAGGCUUGGGGUGUGGGUGUACCACCAGAAAAUGAGGCAGGUGUUUCCUUAGCAAAAUCAGUUAUUUUCUGUUUGCUUCUUUACAAAAGAGUGAUUUUUAUUGGGCUGGCGACAGGGCUGUUAGUAAGAUUUAGAGCAGAAGGCAAAGGAGAAAUAGUAGGCAGCUAGUUUGUUAUAGGUGCCAUGGUGUUUAGUCAUGUUACAUGCAAGACUAAAUUAAGCAUUCAGUACCUCUCAAAACCAGAGAAAUGUUUGAUGCUUUACAAAAAUUUUUUUGAUGAUUUAUCAACAUUUGUGGGAAUUUUUAUCACAAUAAUUAUGAUAAAAUGACGCACAAGUAGUAGUCUAAAAAUGGCAGACAACCCAGUGUUUUUGGCUGGCUGUCAGCUCUUGUCAGGUCUGCAGCCAGGAGAGUGCAAUUAUCUAGAAUUAUAUGAUACUGAUUUUUAAUCCUAUGGUAGGGUAACAAAAAAACCAGAACAAAAAUUAAGCCACCCUUUGUACAGGGUUUUUAUGGGUCCUGAAAAACCUGGAAAGUCCUGGAAAAAGACUAUGGGUCCUGAAAAGUCCUGGAAAUUUGCUUCACUCAAGGAAUAAAGUUUCAGAUUUUAUGUUUUAAGAAAUGUGUGUAGGCUAUAAGCAGAAUUGAGUUUGAAAUCUUGGGAAUGAAAGGGUUUAAAGUGAAAUUUGAAGUCCUAAAAAAAUAAAUCUCAGGGAAAAGUCUCAGAAAAGUCUUAGAAAGGUCUUUAAAAUUUUUUUCUGAAAAGGAUUCGAACCCUGUCUGUAUUAUUGAAAUGCACUGAUAAAACUAAUAAACUAAUUUUAUGGCGUUUGGCAAGUUAAAUUCUGUGAUUCAAUGUUACUACACUUAAGAUCACUGUGUCAUUUUUUUCUUAAACAGGUAGAGGAAAAAAGUGUAUUGGAUACAAACAUUGAGGCCAAGGCUUUCUUGGAAGUCAUUGGUAAAAAGAUGCAUAGUGAAGGAUUUAGAGAGCCAGAUGCUAAUUAAAAAAAUGUUUGAGGUGGUGGAACAUCACAA